AUGCUUGGAAACUUCAUCGGGGUCAGGGACCAGGAUUCCUACUCAAACUCGACAACUUCAUCAUCAUCUUUAUCUCCCACGUCUGCGACGGGCUACAGCAGUUUUAUCAACCAAGAAGAAGACGACAACAUGCGUAAAGGAAACCGUCCUCCUCCGCUGAACCUCAGCAUCGUCCCUAGGCCGAGAUCUCUUCCCCGACUAUCUACGACCCCUCAGCCAAUCGCUAAGGAGCUCACUCCUUUACUGACUCCUCUGCCUGAAGAGGCCGAGGAACCCACCGGACCUGUGGUUCGCGCUGUCAGAAUUGCGGUGGAUUUCAUGCAGAUAGUUUCAUGUCUGCUUGUCAUUCUGAUGCUGGCCGUCUUUCUUGUUUCAUAUGCCGGAGCUGUCAACUCCUGUCAUGGUCUCAAAGCACUUGUGCUCAUUGCGACCCUCGUUUGCGAUGUUGGCCUUGGCAUGUGGUCUAUCGUCAACAACGAUAAGCCAUGGUCUGGCUCCGCUGUCUUGCUAAGGACGCUCACAGCUUCAGUGCUCGUUGGCAGUCUUAUCUCCUUCCUUGCAGUGGAUGGAGUCUUCCCAGCAGACUACACAUACUGGGGUCUUCCCCUAUCACAAUCCGGUGCUCCGGUACUGUGUCUCGUCUCUGCUAUUCUGGGAUGGAAUCUCGUUCACGUUGUGCUGUCUCAGCGAACAACAGAAUGCUGGGCUCGACUGUGCUCCUGGUGGCAGCGACAGAAGAUCAGACGACGACUCGUGUCCGGCAGGGGACAUAGACGAGGACGCAGCGGACCCUGGUGGUUCAACUCUCGACAGUCGACUUUGGAAAAGGGAGGCUACAACUGUGUCUCAUCAUUAUGA